AUGCAAGUCGCCGGAGCGGCUCCGGCCAGUUCUUCAGCUCACUCUGACCGCCAGUCCUUGUCGGUGCCUUGGAAUAUCCUGCUUCAGUACGAAUUCGAGCUUCGUAAAUGGGCUAUCAAAGAGGCCCAUCGCGAUGGGGCCCCCUUGGGUGAUAAGCUGCAUGAGGCCACUCGGAAUACGGAGCUCAAGGAGCUUCACUUCACUUCUCAGGUGGCCCUCUCCAAGCGCUCGGGGGCCUUUGAUCCCCCUCCUCCCUCGAAAUGGCCUCGCAAAGGCAAGGGUGAAAAGGGGGAUAAGGGCGGCAAGGAUGGCGGCAAGGACGGCAAGGGUCCCAAGGGGACCAAAUCCGAUGGCAAGAUUAAGGUGGGAGAGACAUGGUUCGACCUCGUCUCCAAGACCCCGGACGGCCGCGAGCUGUGUUAUGCCUUUAACAUACGGCGUGGCUGCCAGGUGAAAGGUGCUUCUCGCAAGGCGGAUGUUCGCGCUUCAUUGGCCGAGCUUUGCAAGGACCGCCUGCUGGGUCCCAACAAUACGGCUGCUUCGGCGGCCUACCCGGCGGGUCUUUGCUCGCUCAUUGCAACAUGGGUCUUCUCCGUCUUCGAUGGGGGAGGGUGUGGAAAGGUUUCGAGUUCGCAAUUGCUCCGCCUCUCGGAGCUCCUGCCUGAUGAAGAGAGGAUUCGACGAGCUGCCGAGGUGAUUGAGGGACAGCGCUCCUUUACAUCGGGGGCCUUCGUGCAUCAGGACAAGGACUGGAAGGGCUGUAGACUGGUGCUUGCUGCUUACACCAUUGGCAAGGAUGGUCUCCUCUCGGAGCAGGAUCGAGACAACCUUGUUGACAAGGGCUUCGACCUGGAUUACAGUCGACUUAGAACGGGGUGCGAGGGACCACCCUUGGUUGGCGACUUCGCUGGAUCCGUGGACGAGUUCGUGGAUGGCUUUGGGCGCUGCUCUCCAGGGCGGUGGAAACCGUCGAACAGGGGCCGCUGCCUUUCUUCCCAGGCGACCUCCUUCGCUAGGGACCUUCGGGGAAGGGUGCGGCGGUUUGUCUUGGAGAACGUGCCAGACUUGGCCAAAGCGACUUUUCGUCUGGCGACGGGGCAUUGGGAUGGUCCGCUUUUCGCUCCCGCGCCUUUGGCCAAGCUUCGGGAGGACUGGUUUAACAUGCUUCCGGAUCCUUUGAGAGCAAGGGAGAUGAUUCCGCAUCAGCCGUUCUACUUGAGGGCGAUGGCGCAGACCCUUCGGAUUCUGGAGGACCCGGACUACCACAUCCUCGAGGAAGGCAAGUUCUGCUUCUGCAACGGGGUUGAGGUUGGGCACACGUCUCCUUUGGGACCGGUGCCUCAGGUCUUCCGUCUUCGGCAGAAAGGCCAGAAGUAUGAUGAGUCUGAGUGGGAGCCCUUGAUGGGGAACUAUCGCGAUGGCCCUGAGGUGGAGAAGGCGCUUCAAGAGGCUUUUGAAAAGGAGGAGUCGGAAGGCCGUAUGUUCCCUUUGUCCCUGGCGGAAGCGCGGCAGCGCUAUCCUGGGUCUGCUCUUCGGGUCGCGGCUCAG